AAAAAACCGCAAAGUCAACAGAGAAGAAGUCUGCCCUUUUGGCAGCCUUCUCUCUCUCCCUCUUAAACGGUUACAAAAUCAUCCAUCCUUCUCUCUCUCUCUCUCUCUCUCUCUCUCUGUUUAUUUUCUUCUUUAUAAAAACAUUUCAGAUGUUCUUCUCUCCUCUUGCUUCUCUCUCUGUAUUUGUUUAUGAUUUCUCCAUUCAAUUGCUUGUGCAAACUGAAGAAUCCGCUAGCCAAAAUAUUAAAUCAACUGCAAUUGGGAGCAAAUACCUCAACACCAUCACCCGCCACCUAUAACUACACCACCGCCUACUUCGUAGACAAUUUCUUCAUCCCUUAAUUCGAUCAAGAACGAUUGAUAACAGAUUUUGAAUUUGAGGUGGUAGGAUGAUUUUGGAAUUUGGAUUUCAGGCGAUUACAACUUGUGGGUAUUGAUAAUAUAGUUCAACAAAUUUGAGUUGUUGAAGAAUUUUUUGCUUCUAUGGAUCGGUUAUGCUGCUUUAAUUCUCAGUUUGUUGGAGGACAAUCAUCUUCUAGCUCUGGUAAGGGAAAAAGCCAUGAGGGUGAAAUCAAGUAUGGUUUUUGUCUGGUAAAAGGAAAGGCUAAUCAUCCAAUGGAGGAUUAUCAUGUCGCGAAGUUUGUGAACGUUCAUGGUCAUGAGUUAGGCCUCUUUGCUAUUUAUGAUGGUCAUUUGGGAGAUAGUGUACCUGCCUUCCUACAGAAGCAUUUAUUCUCCAAUAUCCUAAAAGAGGACGAGUUUUGUGUUGAUCCAAACAGAUCCAUCUUAAAAGUCUACUAGAGGACUGACCACGCAAUUCUCUCAAAUAUAAUAUUGUUGCUUUUCUAUUUGCAAAACCUUAUGCUGCUCAACUUUCUGGCUGAUAUCAUGCUUGGUUCUCAUGAUGCUGUUUUUGUAUCUUUAUCAGGAGAUGUCCCUCGAGUUAAUGGGCAGCUGGCAGUUUCUCGUGCUUUUGGGGACAAGAGCCUUAAAUCACAUUUGAGAUCAGAUCCAGACAUACAAGAUACUGACAUAAGUAGCAACAUAGAUAUUCUAAUACUUGCAAGUGACGGUCUUUGGAAGGUGAUGGCUAACCAAGAGGCUGUUGACAUUGCAAGAAAGUGCAAAGACCCUCAGAAGGCAGCUAAGCAGUUAACAGCCGAAGCCUUGAAGAGAGACAGUAAAGAUGAUAUAUCAUGUGUGGUGGUUAGAUUUAGGGGAUGAAAACUUACAUAAACACAAUGCUCUUGACAUGCGUUAUAUACUUGAAAUAAGAGUUCCUUUACACGGGAUGGAUAUUGGUGAAGUAGAACAACAAAAACAAAUACCUGGUCGGUGUGAUCCUCUAAAUUAUGCAGGAAUUGGGAUUUUGGCCAUGAACAGAGGAGGAGAGAGAGUUAACCCCCCUGUAAAUUGGUUUUUAUUAAUUAGGUUUUGGUGUUUGAUAUUGUUUGAUUUCUUUAUGAAAGUGAAUUAGGAAGCGGAUGUAUAUGUUUUCUUUUGCUACAUUGUCACAUCUGUGUGCAGAUGAAGAAUGUGGCUUUGAUUGUGAUUGGAGAUGGUUUUUCUGUCACUGCUUUUUCUUGAAUCAGGUUGGUAAUGCUUGUUAUAUCCA